AUGGGUUGUGUUUGCGGCCGACAAAGUGUGGUUAUACAAGGACAAAAGUUCCAUCUCAUACGGCAAAUUGGCGAAGGGAGUUUUAGUUACGUGUUUGAAGCUCGUAAUACAGCUGAUAGCCAUCGAUAUGCUAUUAAGAAAAUGUCUUGUCAUACGAAAGAAGAAGAAAAACGUGCUCGAGACGAAAUAGAAAAUUAUCAAAGAUUUUCACAUGAGAAUUUAGUUUCAUUACUCUAUCACGAAGUGAUACAAUAUAAGCCGGAUGCACAUAAUGGUUCGCUUCAAGAUGCUUUGAAUGCUCAAACGAAAUUUACGACGCGUGUUCUACUUGAUUUAUUUUUGAGUGUAUGCCAAGGCGUUCAAGAAAUUCACGAAAAGAGAAUGGCUCAUAGGGAUUUGAAACCAAGUAAUAUUAUGCUAGUUAAUAAUAUCCAUGGUGUGAUACUUGAUUUUGGCUCAAUGAUACCAGCAUCGUUUUCGAUGACGACAAGAUCACAAGCACAACAAUGGCAGGAUUGGGCUGAAGAAAAUUGUUGUGUACAAUAUCGUGCACCGGAGCUAUUUCAUAUAGAAACAAAUUCUUCAAUUACUGAAAAAACUGAUAUUUUUUCUCUUGGUGCAAUUCUAUAUGCAUGUUGCUUUGGUAAAGGUCCAUUCGAUGAUGUUUAUUCAAGAGGAGAUAGCGUGGCUUUAGCAAUAGCCAGUGGUCGUAUUGAAUUACCAGUACAAUCAUCAACUUAUCCAUCGGAUGUCAUUGAUACAAUGCUUGCCAUGCUGCAAAUCGAUUCUGACCGACGACCAUCAAUUCAGGAAGUUAUCGAUAAACUUUCCAAUUCAUCUCGUUGUACAAUGGAUAUAGUUUAA